CACUGAACCCCAGCGACCCAGGCGUCAGCGGCGUGAUGCAGUUCCUCCGAGGCAGCGGCGGCGGGGGCGGGGGCGGUGGGUUCCCGGGGGUGGCGUGGGAGGUGUUGCGGCGGCACUUCUCUAAGAAGCGGUCCGUGGACGUGAGGCGGAUCAACCCCAAGGUGCCCAAGGAGGAGGCCGUCGCCAUUUCCGGCCGACUCCUCCAGAUCCUCUCCGACCAUGGGCCCCUCACCGUCGGCAACACCUGGAACCACGCCAAGGAUGCUGGCAUCGCUGGUCUGAACAGCAAGACGCACAUGAAGAUCCUGCUGAAAUGGAUGACGGGGAGAAAUGUCGUGAAGCUGACCUGCGUGCACGUGGGCAACGCGAAGAAGUUCCUCUACUCCCCGUCCACUGAAAGCAGCAGCAGCGCCGGCGCAUCACCGUCAUCCACAUCGGCCUCGCAGUGACGGUCAGUCGCCGUUAAGCCUUGGUGUGGUUCUUGAUGUUGCUUUGUGGAUCGAUGGAGGUUGCCUCUGGUCAUGGUGAUCCCAUGUUUAACCUUGAUGACGAACAUUGGAAAAAGCAUUUUGUUUUAUGGACUGGAAUAGUCUGCAAACAUCACGAUAGCAAUAUUGUUCUGCUGCUCAUCAGCUGAGGAUGCUGCCCUGUCCUGAACUCCUGAUUUUGCUUUUGAUCUACUAUGUGAUGAUUUGCUCUUC